GGAGCGGCGGCGGCGGCGGCGGCUUUGCCAGCUGUGCUGGCCCCGCGAGCCGGGAUCUGGCGCCGACACCUGCCCCGACUCUCGAGAGCCCGGGCGGCCGCCCCAGCACCGCGGCUGCCGAGGCCUAGGAGGAGGGAGGAAGGCUUUCUCCGGCGUGGCGCCGCCUGCGUUUCGGCAGUGCUUCCACUACCUUCGGCCUCCGGUCAAUGGGAGGGAUGUGUCAGUCUCCAAAAUUGAUCUCUUCUGGCCGGUUUGUCAACUUUAUUUAGAAACCUGGCGAGGAUGUAAACUGACGAGCCUCAGCUUAAAGAUCAUCGUCUUCUCUGACUCUUUUCAGAGAGAAUUUUCCUCUUUUCCGCAGUAGUACUUCGUACUUUGUACUUUAUUAAUUGUAGCACCGAUCUCAGUGUAUUGUUGGGGCAGCAACCCCCAACAGAACUUCACGUCAUUCAUUCUCCCUUUUAAAUCGUCCUCUUCGCUGUCACAGAAUAGAUGCUCACAGGUUGAAGGAAUGAACGUCUGUACUUGUUCCAGAUUGAACCGCUUGAACAGUUUGUGCUGGAUGUGCUUUUCGUUUCUCGCCUGAGCUUCUGCUUUCUGAACCCUUCCACCCAGUAGGAUGAAAAACCCACUGAUGAUGAUGCUUUUGUCAAGGUUGCUUUCCCGUUGCAUCUUUGACAUAGUUUCCUAGACUCUGCUCCAUGAUUUAACUUGAAAGUCUGAAAUGAAGAUGGAGGAGGCAGUGGGAAAAGUUGAAGAACUCAUUGAGUCUGAAGUCCCACCAAAAACAUCUGAACAAGAGACAGCUAAGGAGGAAGAUGGAUCUGUAGAACUGGAAUCUCAAGUUCCGAAAGAUGGUGUGGUGGAUUCUACAGUUCUUUCUUCAAUGCCCUGCUUGUUGAUGGAACUGAGAAGGGACUCUUCUGAGUCUCAGUUGGCAUCCACGGAAAGUGACAAGCCGACAACUGGUCGAGUUUAUGAGAGUGACUCCUCUAACCACUGCAUGCUUUCCCCUUCCUCUAGUGGUCACCUGGCCGAUUCAGAUACACUGUCUUCUGCAGAGGAGAAUGAACCCUCCCAGGCAGAAACAGCGGUAGAAGGAGACCCUUCCGGAGUGUCUGGUGCCACAGUUGGGCGCAAGUCUCGCCGGUCCCGAUCUGAAAGUGAAACAUCCACCAUGGCUGCCAAGAAAAACCGGCAAUCCAGUGAUAAACAGAAUGGCCGAGUCGCCAAGGUUAAAGGUCAUCGGAGCCAAAAGCACAAGGAGAGAAUCAGGCUACUGAGGCAGAAACGGGAGGCUGCUGCACGAAAGAAAUAUAACUUGUUGCAGGACAGUAGUACCAGUGAUAGUGACCUGACUUGUGACUCAAGCACGAGCUCAUCAGAUGAUGAUGAAGAAGUUUCAGGGAGCAGCAAGACAAUCACUGCAGAGAUACCAGAUGGACCUCCAGUUGUAGCUCAUUAUGAUAUGUCUGACACCAGCUCUGAGCCAGAAGUGGUAAAUGUGGACAAUUUAUUGGCGGCUGCAGUAGUUCAAGAGCACAGUAAUUCUGUAGGAGGCCAGGACACAGGAGCUACCUGGAGGACCAGCGGGCUUCUAGAGGAGCUGAAUGCAGAGGCAGGUCAUUUGGAUCCAGGAUUCCUAGCAAGUGACAAAACACCUGCUGGCAAUGCACCACUCAAUGAAGAAAUUAAUAUUGCUUCUUCAGAUAGUGAAGUGGAGAUUGUGGGAGUUCAGGAACAUGCAAGGUGUGUUCAUCCUCGAGGAGGUGUGAUUCAGAGUGUUUCUUCAUGGAAGCACGGCUCUGGCACGCAGUAUGUCAGCACCCGGCAAACACAGUCAUGGACUGCUGUGACUCCCCAGCAGACUUGGGCGUCACCUGCAGAAGUUGUUGACCUUACAUUGGAUGAGGAUAGCAGACGUAAAUACCUACUGUAAUGCAAUGUCACUGUGUUUCCUCUGCACUGUUCCCUUCCACUUACUCCUCCUCCUCUUUGUGACAUGGAAGUUCAUUGUCAUAGCUUCAGCUUCAGAAGCUGUUUGUGGCAUUUGUAUAAUUGAAACUCAUGGAAAAUUGCCCCCUUCCCUUUUUUUUUUUUUUUUAAAUUAAAAGAAGUCACUUAGGAAAGUAACUUAUCACAGAGAAAAGAAUUUCUUCUUUCCCUCAGUAGGAAUCUGAGAAUGAUGAAUUUUAUUAGACAACUUCAUUUUACUUGGUGACUUUCAAUCUUAGGAAACUGCCUUCCUUUUAGAAUGAUAUUUUAAUUACCAGGUGAAAUGGAUUUCAGUUUUUGAAUCUUGUAUUUAUUUUUCUGUAAUAAAAUUAAUAUGUAGACUUGACCACUGUCAGCCCACCCAUUGGCACUCCUACCUUAGGGCAUUUGCACACAUAUUAGUCAGUUCCUUUUUGGCACCUAGUAGGGCAUGUGCAUUGAAAACCUGUCCUUAAAAAUAGAAGACAGAAGUGUUACUUUUCUUUUAGCUUAAGUCUUCUGCCUUCUUUCCUGACUUUGCUCCUGGCUGAAUUCCCACAACACAAAUAAUUGACAUGACCCUUUGUGUUUAUAAAUACUGCUAAGGUGACUUAGUUGAUCCUUGUUGCAAUAAUUCAUAACCCUGGAAAAUAUCUCCUUGUGAGGCAGAGGCAUUUCAGAUAGAUACCCCACCAUGAGGUUUGGGCAUCUGAGGAGAGUAUUGAGAGAUCCCUUUUCUCCCCCUGGUUUGUUCAAAUAAUGGGAGAAACAUAGAACCUGUUACUUAGGUAGAAUAUGAAAAGUUGUGUGACUUCUAAGGCUUUGGGCACUUGAAAAAUCUGAGAGGGCAGUGCCUUCUUCUGUAGCUGGUCUCUCUGUAAAGGAUGUAAUGACAACUGUUUGAUACUUGAGCUGAAGUUGACCUGUUGCUAUAUUUGAGUAUUUUUCUCCUCUACCUUCUAAAAGUGGAAAAUUCAAAAUACAUCAUAAGAAACCAGAUGCAAAACACAUGAAUGGCCCUGUAGGUUUUAUAGUAUCUAACAGGAAUAACAAAGGGUAGUAGGAGCAUCAGGGAAUUCAGGAAAUGCCGGUGUUGGAGCUUUGUGGCAUUGGUUACUACGUUUUUUACUAUAACAUUGUAGUUACUAGUGAAUUAUGUUACAAGCAAUACCUAGAAUUAGAACACUAUGUACUGUGCACAGGGAGGAGUGAAGUAAUGGUGGCUUAGAAGACCUCACCUUUUGUUUUUCCACAGUUUUUGUCUGCUUUUUUGUUUGCUUUUGUUUCCAUUUUUACCAUAUAAUGGGGCUCUAGCCCUUUGCCUCCCUUCCCAAAUGCCUUGGUGGCUCUUCCUUAUCAUACGAGCAUGAGAACUACCAUUUUCAGUUUCCACUCAGCGGACACACAUUUAUACCAAGUGCCUGUUCUGCCUAAGGCGCUGUGGUGGUGCUGUGGGGCUGCUGCGGAGAACAGGACACCCACCGCAUGUGCGUGCGUCCGGCUGCCUGGCUCCAGCUGCCUGGCCUUGUCUCCUGUGUGUGUAAAGACUCGCUUAUUUCUUUACCCUUCUUCCUGCUGCUUUAGUUCGUCCAUACACCUCUUCCAUGGGAGUGUAUUUAAGCAUGUGUUCUUUCACCUUCUCUGAUAACAUCGCACUUGAUCUGGCCUCUGUUCUUCAUCAACUUUUUAUUUUCCUAUCAUUCUACUUUUAAUAGAUCAGGCUUUUAAAGAGAUCUUGAAUCUCCAGUUUUAGCACCUCAUGUCUCAAGUCUCUCAUGUGGCCACAAUUCUAGACAAAAACCAAAGACCCAGAGGCCAGAGCGAAAUAGGACCUUCUGCAGAUUCACUACUGGUGUAUCCUUGGACUUUCACAUUUUACUUUAGAAUUAAUUUAUUGAAUUUUACUGUUACACGUUGUUUUUGACUUGAAUUAAAAUGCUAGACAGAGCAGAAAUGUACAAUUUCUGGUCUAUAUUUUCCAGGAAAAUCAUUGGGGAAAGAAUAGAGUGGAUUCUAUGACUUGAAGUUUUUGCAGCUUAUUUUCCCCCCACUAUCAGGGCAGAGCCCCAUUUUAAAGAACAUUUUUGCAUUACCUGUUCUUACGUUAGCAGUAUGUUUUGUCCAAUUCCGUAUAGCAGGGGAUUUCCCAGGGCAUAUUUUCUUUAGUCCCUAACAGUCACCCUCUAACGAGAAUUCUUUGGGUGUGCUGUGUGCACUGUGGGUUGGGAGUGGAGAGCGGAGUUGUAACCAAGCUCUUUUCUGGCCUUUUGCUUUUAUAUUGGGUUACACUUUGCCCUCACCUGUCCCUUUUCCAGCACCCUAUCUGGCUUGAUGCACCAGAACAAAAAUUAAUAUGCAAAAAGCGGGGAGGGGAAGGGAUGGUAGAGAUAGCUUUUCUCCCUACUAGGUUGGGACUUUUCCACCUACUAACUAACUAUAGAGAGACUAUGUUUCAACUCUUCUUUCAUUGCCAGAUCCAGGAGAGUAGGGAUGUAGUUUCUGGCAAGGUAUUAAUGAUAAAAUUCUGUGGUAACAGUGAGAGGCCCACGUACCGCAAAAAAAAAAAAAAAAAAUUCUGUGGUAAAUUUAAAAUUCUGACAUUUAAAAUUUCUUUUAAGGGGGUCUUUUUUAACCAAAGUUUUGCAUUUGGUACCAUAGACACUUUAUGCUUCACCGUCUCUUCAAAGUAAUAUCUCCACUAAAAUGGUAUACUUGGGUCGCAGAUUGGUUUUUGGCACUAACUUGGUUAAGUGCCCCCCUUCCCCCAAUUGGAAACCACAGAGCGGUAACUUAGCUAUUGCAUCAGUACAGCAAUAUUGAUACGUAGCUAUUGCUCGCCAGUAGUUGUCUCUUCAUUUUGAUGGAAGGGGCCGGACUGAAUGGACUCCAUUAUUCGUAACAAUUGAGCAUCACAUAAAUUCUGCUUUUAUUAUUAUCAAUUGUGAAUAUGAACCAUCUGAUUUGCUAAUUUAGUCAAUUGUUCAUUGUUACUUUUAGCAGAUUAGCACCAUAGGCAAUUUAAAAAUGAAUUUGUUGCCUGCUUUUUAUACUGUGUCACAAGGUUUUUGAAAAAGCUGGGGACACAGUAUUGUCUUUCAGUUUAAAGGUUUUUUUUUUUUAAAGGCAAAGAGCUCCCCUCCAUCCCUGUUUUUCAGUAUGUGUAUGAUGCGACUUCCAUGUAUAUAUAAAAAUGAUUGCGCCCUAACCAAACUUCCUCAGAUUGUGCACUGUUUGUUUAAAAUAAUCACGUAUUUUAGUCCAAUGCUGUUGUAUUUUUUCAUUUUAUUUAAAACACUACGUACUUCUUAUUCUUUUAACAAGUUUUAAAGGGUAGUGAUCUUAAAAAAAAAAUCACUGGAUAACUAGGAAAUAUUUUUGUUGUUUAAAGAGUACAAAGGUCAUUGAAGCCUUUUGCUCCUCUUACCGUGAAAAUGAAAUGUUAGCCAUUGUAUGGCUAGGAACCAAUGCACUUGGUGGUUAACAGAUCUGCUGUUGCUGGAGUGUGAGCGUGGACUUGAUGCAGUGACGACAAAUCAUUGCUUAGAAUUAAUGUUUUAAAAUGUGUGACUCUAGUUUUUAAAACAAAAUUUGGUUCUUCUUUUCAUUAUUUAGUUUUUGUUUCCAUUUAGUAUUUAAUGGUCUUUGGAGAAAAAAAAUAAUAAAACAGAGUGUUAUAUAUAUAUUUUUUGGUGCAAGAUAAGAUUUUCUGUUUUUUGAAAUAAGUCUGUAGCAUAAAGGUUAAACUAUUUUAAGACAAAAUAAAAUAGAGUGUAUUUAAACAAA